AUGAACUCGAAUAUACUCGACGCGGGUGCGAUGUCCGUCGAUAUUGGUAUAGCAGGAGUUCAAGAUGCGCAUUCAAGUCUGCCUAAAUACAUAGAAGUCGCAUUAGAAGUCGGAAAGAUAAUCAAUCAUGCUGCUAUUGCUGUGCUUACCGGUAAUAUUGCUUUCAUCGUCGAAGAUAUAGUCAGUUAUGCUGUUGCUGCAAAGCAUUGUAAAUCUGAAUGCAGACGUCUGGCCGAACAGAUAAAGAUGUCUAGUGAAUCGGCGAAAGAUCUGUUGGAACAAUUAGAAAAGGAUGCUAAGGAGAUAGAAAACAAAAGUUUCAUCAGCGCAUUGAAAUCAUUUGCGAUAGUACUUGAAGAUGCACGGUCCGUUAUUAAGCAACACGCAGAAGGAAGAUAUGGACUGAAAAUAUUUCAUGCAAAAAAGUUUGCCCUUGAAUUUUUAAGCAUGGAAGAGCGACUUGAUCAAGCGUGCCAACGGUUAAACUUUGCAAUAAAUAUUCGUCACUAUGUUGAUAGUCAAGAAAUAGUUGACAGGCAGAAUUCAUGGAGAGAGGAAGAUAGGAAAGCAUUUGAGGAGAUAAAUAAUUCGGUCAAAGAAGCUUUGGACGAAUUGAAACGAAACGACACUUCCAAAAGUGCUGUUUCCGAGACUUUACUUGACGAUGUACGAAUACCAUUCUCUCAGUUUACAGACGUGAGAAAAUUCAAGACUGACCGAAUGCGUCUCGCUGUUUACAAUACUGCAGACGAAGAAAGAAAUCUUAAAAAUGUGGAAGUAAUUAUUAAAGUAACUCUGGCUCGAGAAAGCAAUAUUGAUCAUAAAAGGCGACUCGCUCAGGAGGUAUUUUACUUGCAGAGAUUAGCGCCAUCUGCAAAUAUUAUUAAUCUCAUCGGAAUCACGUCGAUGCGUGGCGGAUACAUGGGACUCGUGCUCGAAUACUGUUCUAAUGGCGAUCUAAAGACAUUUAUCGCUAACCAGAAGUUGCAUGCUGAUUGGGGACUGAAACGUGCUAUUGCGUUAGGCAUUGUUCAAGGCAUAGCAUAUCUGCACGAAGCAGGCAUCGUCCAUAAAACCAUUUGCAGCGAAAACAUCUUGUUGGACAAAUGUUGCGAACCAAAAAUUACCAAUUUCCGUAAGGCUCGUCUAGAUGAAGCGACUACUCAAUUACAAAUCAACACAUUCGAGGAGCAGAUGCGAUGGGAUGCGCCAGAGCGUUUGCAAGACGAUGCUGCUAAAUUUACAAAAGCGUGCGACGUAUUCUCGUUCGGUAUUGUCCUAUACGAGAUAGUAGCUGAAAAAUAUCCAUGGGCCGGGUAUAGUUUGGAUGAUGUGUACACGGCGAGAAGGGAAGGAAAAACAUUAGAGCUACCGCCGUCUACGCCAAGCGUUGUGUCUGUCAUUUACACAAUGUGUACGGAGACUAUACCUACACGCCGAUUCAAAACAAAACAAAUAAUAGAGCAUUUAGAGAACAUUCGCCCAGAGGAAUUGGAUAGUACCCCUAGCGCUGUUCCAGAUAGUUCUUCGGAUGCCCUUUCGGUUCUAAACCGGCUUCCUACUCUUUCCAUCUCUACCAUUAACGCAGACGAAGAAGAGGAAAUAGUUGCUCCCAACGUGAGAGAAAUACUGACCAGGGCAAAUGCGUGCCACACGUCACAACAGUACAAAGAGGCGUUUGAUUUAUUCAUGUCGAUUUCUAACGAAUCACGAGAAGCCAUGUUUCGCAUCGGAUCUUACUAUUUCUUUGGUAAACACGUAACAAGUGAUCGCGUUAAAGCCAGGGAAUAUUUAGAAAGAGCUGCUGAAGGAGAGGACGGGAAUGGAGAUGCUAUUGAUAUGUUAGGCUAUAUGUAUCUUACUGGAGAAGGGAUGCCAACAAAAGAUAGAGUAAAGGCGGUGGAAUGUUUCAAGAAGGCAGUUGAAAUGGAAAUACCGCAUGGUAUGUACCAUUUAGGUGUUUGUUAUAUGAAGGGUGUCGGAAAGUUGAAGAAGAACGAACCGCGCGCAAAGGAACUAAUAAUGCGUGCAGUGAAACUUGGAGUGGAAGAAGCGGUUAAGUUUGCUCAUUCACAGCAUUGGGAUAGUUAA